GUUGAAUAAAAAAAAUUUUAUUUUUUUGAUUUUUUUUGAGACCAAAAAUAAAACGGAUGCACAAAUUUUGCAAACUCUCAAGCUUAUUGAGAAGCUCCUCAGUGGCAUCCAGGUAGCAAGCAUCAGCGUAGUCCAAAAUAGGUAAAAUGAGACUUUGGGCAAGAGAAAUUUUAGUUUCCAAAGGCAAAAAAUAUUGAGUGAAUGGAAUGCAAAGUUAACUUUACUACUUACAUUGUUAACCUGCUCAUUUCAGCUUAAGUAAGAGUUAAAGGUAACGCUAAGGCUUUUAACAGUUUCAGUGAAGACAAUUGGUUGGCCAUUCAAUAUGAGAGAUCCAAUUGUAGAGUGAUUUAAUGUACGAAUAGCAUAUCUACUACCAAUUAUGAUGGCAUGUGUUUUGUUUGUAUGUUUUUAUGUUUAAGUUUUUUUUUUUUUUGUAAAUAUUUAAUUUAAAAAAAUAACAUUGGUCUCUUGAAUUAAUGGUGGUUUCUUUGUUAUUUUUAUUAUUUAAUCAAAGAAAAAAUCAUGUUUUUACGUUGUAACACGACGGCAAAAACAAGUAUUAUAGAUUUGUAGUAUUUCUCGUUCUCUUUUGGUAGAAUUCCGUAGAUUUUAACCUCCACAAGCAGUAGAUUCGUCAAAUAAAAUCUGGUCACACUGGAAGCAAGCAUUAUUCGUUUUGAUUCGGCUUUUCUCGAACGAAGUGUAUACCACGUUUUGUGUUUAUAAAACAAAGUUUUCAAUAGUUCAAAAACACUAGAUAGCUCAUAAAAUGCCAGCCAAUACCAUUGAAUCUUGCCUUCAGGGUGCUAGAUAUAAUUUUGAUGCUGUUCGACCUGCUCCGAUUUGCGGUGACGCCAACCAACCAGGUCAAUGCCACAAUGUACACAUAUCCACAAAUUUUUACUAUGGAUUUCAUGAAGUAAAAACGUCGGGUAUCAACCACAUGGCAACAGAUUGUGAGAUGCAGGAAGUCCCAAUUGAAAAGAACGUGAACACCCUUGUAACCACAGCUAGAAAAAGAAGUGCUGAUAACAGCGGCUAUCCACAGAGCAAGCGUUUUCGAGAAGAGGUUAUGGUGCCAACAACCACCAACUCCAACCCCUGUUUGCUUCGUCCAACACACAACAAUCCAGAUAUAUCUCGUUGUCUCAUGGUCCAUAUGAUAUAAUAUCUUUGGUUUAAUGAAGCAAGUGCAAACGAAAACAAUAAUUAGAUAUCUCCAUUUUAUCUGCAGAAGUUCAAAGAAAGAAAAACAUUGGACCUGAGACACACGAGACUGCAAAAUUAAAACCAAGUUCAGAAGAUAUAUUGGAAAGUCUUUUCUGGAACAUACAUGGCGGACAUUUUUAUAGUUAUUUAAACUGUGCUUCUUCUUUGUGAUGUUAGUGUGAUAUUUUGUGAAGUGAAUUGGGACACUAAGUACAAUUUCAGACUCUAACUUUGAAAUGUUUCUCAUAUUUUAAGAUUAAAUAAAAUUGUAACUAGGUAAA